AUGGCAUUGUUGGACUGGAUUGAGUUGUCUGAUGAAGAGGAGGUGGCAGUCAAAGAAAGACUUCCUCCAGAAAAAGUCAAAGAAGAAUUUCCUCCAAUAGAAGUCAAAGAAGAAUUUCCUCCCACAAUAGUGAAAGAAGAACUGGAUACUCAUGUACAUGGGACAGCUCAGUUGGAAGUAGAAAUUGUUGAUUUAACCACAGAAGAAGCUGACGUUGAAGAGGAUAGGAAUGCUCACGGGAAAGGGGACGCUGCUCAGGGGGCAACAACAUCACAUAGACAACAGUUUGUUGCACCUCAUGGACAAGGCGAGGCAGCUCAGACAGUGGUACCAAGACAAGAGUUUCUUGCUGCUGCUAAUGGUGUGGAAGAGUUUCUUGUAACAGGUAAUGUUGUGCAAGAGGCUAUGCAGUCUGGAAAUCAGGAUUUUGCUGCAGCUGUUGAUUGCGCAGAAGAGGCCACGCAUUCUGAAAAUGCAGAUGAAGCUGGCCCAUCAUUAUUUACAGAACAAGGUGCUGCGGCAGGCGAUUGCGGUGAAGAGGCUAUGCAGUCUGGAAAUCAGGAUUUUGCUGCAGCAGUUGAUUGUGCAGAAGAGGUCAUGCAUUCUGAAAAUGCAGCUGAAGCUGUCCCAUCGUCGUUUACAGAGCAAGGUGCUGCGGCAGGCGAUUGCGAUGAAGAGGCUAUGCAGCCUGGAAAUCAGGAUUUUGCUGCAGCAGUUGAUUGUGCAGAAGAGGCCAUGCAGUCUGAAAAUGCAGCUGAAGCUGUCCCCUCGUCGUUUACAGGGCAAGGUGUUGCGGCAGGCGAUUGCAGUGAAGAAGCUAUGCAGCCUGGAAAUCAGGAUUUUUCUGCAGCAGUUGAUUGCGCAGAAGAGGCCAUGCAGUCUGAAAAUGCAGCUGAAUCUGGCCCAUCAUCGUUAACAGAACAAGGUGUUGUGGCAGGUUAUUGCAGCGAAGAAGCUAUGCAGUGUGGAAAUCAGGAUUUUGUUGCAGCAGUUGAUUGCACAGAAGAGGCCAUGCAGUCUGAGCAUGCAGCUGAAGCUGGCCCGUUAUUGUUUACUGGACAGGGUGUUGUGGCAGGCGAUUGCGGUGAAGAGGCUAUGCAGUCUGGAAAGCAGGAUUUUGUCGCAGCAGUUGAUUGCGCAGAAGAGGCUAUGCAAUCUGGAAAUGCAGUCGAAGCUGCCCCAUCAUCGUUUAUCGAAGGUGUAGCGGCAGGUGAUUUUGCUGAAGAGGCUAUGCGGUAUAACCAUGAAAACCAAGCUGCUCAAUGCUCGCUAAUGACAGGACAAGCUGCUGCAUCAUCCUUGUCAAUGACAGAACAAGGUGCUACUACAUCUUCACAAAGGACAGUGCAACAGAGUCACAAGAGAGAUGCAUUGCUAGGUUCCCCUCCCAUCUCAACCGCGGCGCCUUUUCCCCGGCAAUUCUGGAAGGCUGGGGAGUACAAGGUUGCUGCCCGAGCUUCCAUCAACAAUGGCCAGAACUGCUUAAGGAUUAAUCCCAAGUUUCUUCACUCGAAUGCUACGUCACACAAGUGGGUAUUUGGUGCUAUUGCAGAACUGCUCGACAACGCUGUUGAUGAGGUGCAGAAUGGGGCAACCUAUGUGAAAAUAGAUAAAAUGAAAUAUUCUCCUGUCGGAGAGUAUUCAUUAAUGGUACAAGAUGAUGGAGGCGGUAUGAGUCCUGAGCAUCUUCGACAUUGUUUGAGCUUCGGAUUCUCCAAUAAAUGCACGAAUUCAUCAAUUGGACAAUAUGGAAAUGGCUUCAAAACCAGCACAAUGAGGCUUGGGGCAGAUACUAUCAUAUUCAGCUGCAGAAAAGCUAAUAGAUUGACACGAAGUGUUGGGCUGCUCUCUUACACAUUCCUCAAAGGAACCGGCUGCAAUGACAUAUUAGUGCCUGUGGUUGACUAUGAAUUUGAUCCUUCAUCCCGCAAUUUCAAGAGGAUAAUGGACCAUGGUGAAAAACAUUUUUCUUCCAAUUUGUCCACUCUUCUGAGGUGGUCUCAAUUUUCUACAGAAGAUGAUUUAUUGAAUCAAUUUGAGGACAUGGGAUGCCAUGGCACAAAAAUUGUUGUAUCCAAAUUAUGGCUCAAUGAUGCGGAUGAAAUGGAGCUUGACUUUACAACUGAUGAUGAGGAUAUUAUGAUGUCAGGAGCGCCUAAGAUACCAGAAGAACGCGCGAAAGUGAAAAGGUUGAAUCAUAUGCAUAUUGCAAAUCGCUUCCGAUAUUCACUUCGUGUUUAUGCAUCUAUACUAUACCUUCGUCUACCAGAACACUUUAAAGUCAUCUUGUGUGGACGAACUGUUGAACCUCACCAUAUUAUAAAGGACCUCAUAUACUGUGAAUGUAUCAAAUAUCGACCACAAGUUGGAAUAAGCGUACAGGUUGAUGUCAUUACUUCAAUUGGCUUCUUAAAAGGUGCUCCAAACCUGGAUAUCUAUGGAUUUAGUGUCUACCAUAGGAACCGUCUUAUUCUGCCAUUUUGGGCUGCAGGCUCUGAAAGAGGUCGAGGCAGAGGCAUUGCUGGGGUUUUGGAGGCGAACUUUAUACAACCUACACAUGAUAAGCAAGAUUUUGAGAAGACGGAACUUUUUCAGAGACUUGAGAUGAGAUUAAAAGACAUGGCAAUGGAGUAUUGGAAGCACCAUGCUCAUUUGGUUGGCUACCGGCCACUCACAAAAUCUCUUCGUCCAGCAUAUUAUGCAUCUAUUGCUGCUACCAAUGAUAAUAGCUCAGUAGCCCAAGCUACAGCAACAGCUUAUGCCAGGAACUCAAGAGCCAAAGCAUCUGGAGUAUUGAACUCCCGUUUCAAUGGAGGUAACUCAUUAAAUCCUUUGCACAUUGGUGCCUUGAGGGCUCAAAUGGACUAUGGUGCAUGUCCUUUAGCAAGGAAAAAUAUGAGGACUUCAUUAUAUAUGCCAAGCACACCGCAGCAAACUGAACUGUGCAAAAGAAGAAACUCUGGCUCGAUGAUUGAAACGAGGGCCCAGAAAAGGCACAACACAAAUGGCGAUGCUGACCACUUUGGAAGUGUCAAUGUUGUUGAGAUAGGAGAGGAAAGGAGCAGUCUCUUAAUUUGUCAGAACAUGAUGCUAAAGGCCGAGUGUUCCGAGCUCGAGGCGGCAGGACAGAUUCUCCGAAGCAAGGCGGACAGGUUGAUGGGUGAACUCCGCGAGUGGCAACGAAAGGGGAGGAGCCUGACGGACGAGUUGGAGUUCUACCACGGCCUCAGCGCGAUACAGCGCAGGAUGCCCAUCACCAGCACCUCUUCCCUGGGAGUGGGAUGGAUCUGA